AUAAAGAAAGAAACAAUAAUAUUUGAUGUCUGCCUAAUCAAUGCCUACGUCGAUCCAGAGGCACAUUCUCUCCCUCCAUCUUCCUCCUCGUCACUCUCUCUGUCCCCUUUUGAAGAGGGAUUUUCUUGCUUGAGCUGAAAAUGGGUUUUCAAACCUGUGUAUCCUUCAUCCAGACAAAUCCUGAAAUGGUUUCUAGAUCCGAUCAGAGUAUAUAAAUAAAGGAAAUGGAUAUACUUGAUUACAAAUUAGCCUCAUAUAUAAUCAUCUAAGGAUCAGGUGGGCUCUGUGCACCUUUUCUCUAGACAUGGUGGUAGUAGAGCCGUAGUUUGCCUUGGUGGAACACAGUAGAACUGGCAGUGAAUCUUAGAUGGGCUUAUUAUCUAACUGUAAAAGUUCGAAAGUGCUUGUUCCUCCCUUGAGUUCCAUUGCAUGUAAAUGUUUUGCUCUGGUCAUCAUUGUUUUGGUUCUUAGAGCAGCCUUCAUUUCCACUGUCUAUGGCGGGUUUCAGCCGAAUCAGAUUGCAAUGAGCCCGAACUUUUCCUUGUCAUAUACAUCUGAGUAUGGCAUCAGGAAGGACAAAUUCGUGGAGGUUCCUCAAAUUGUUUGGGGGUUAAACAAUCAGAAAAUUGCAUUUGCUAGGGCUUGUCUUACUGCUAGAAUGCUUAACCGGACUCUUCUGAUGCCAAGGUUGAGCGCUUCUUUGUUUUACAAGGAAAUUGAUCUUUUGCAACCAAUAUCAUUUGAUAAGGUCUUCCAGUUUGAAAGGUUUAAUUCACUUUGUGAUGGGUUUGUCCGGUUGGGCUAUUACUCUGAUGUUUCCAACCAAACAGGAGCAUUUGAGGUACAAAAGGGAAGUGGUAGGAGAUGGACUAUCCAGAGAGAUAUGGAUCAGUUGAGGCAGUCUAGCCAGGACCCAAUUGACAGAUAUGAGGUUAUCCGUAUUACCGGUAAGAAUCCAUUUUUGUGGCAUGAUCAUUGGCCUGUUAAGGAUUAUGCGAGGAUUUUUGAGUGCUUAGUUUUAGUCCAUGAGAUUGCUAGGCAGGCAGAUAAAGUUAUCAACAAGAUUAGAGAAGCCGGCAGAGAGGUCAAAGGUAAAGCAGAAGCUUCGCGGCAUGAUUUAGAAGGGCAUCAAUUACAAUCUGUUUCUUAUGUUGCUGUGCACAUGAGGAUAGAGAAAGACUGGAUGAUUCAUUGUAAGAAGUUAGAGCAACGGUUGAAUGUUAAUCAAAUUUGUAGUAGCAAGGCUGAGAUUACAGAGAGAGUGGGGAACAUUUUAGGCCUCAAAACUCCAACUGUCGUUUAUCUUGCCGUGGCCGACGUCCUUCUAGAAGAUUCUUCUAUCGUGAGUGGUUGGAAGGAGGGUUUGCUUCCAUUUGAGAAGAAGAAAUUGGGUGUGGAUGGAAUUUACAAAAAGUACCCUUAUCUUAUUAAGUCAGCGAUCGAUUAUGAGGUUUGCUUAAGGGCCGAUGUUUUCGUCGGGAAUAGCUAUUCUACAUUUUCAAGCCUCAUAGUUCUAGAGAGAACACAGAAGAUGUUGAGGAUGGGGGUGGGGAACUCAUGCGGAAGUGGAACAGAUGUGAGAUGGCCUUCAUAUGCUUACAACAUACCGGGGGAAUCAAAGGGUCCUCAAAGAUGGAUGACAAACAUGGAUGAUUCAAGCCUUCAAGCAAUUAGCUUUGGUUCAAAUCUCAUUUCUUGUUGAAAUGGAUGGUACGCACUUUCUGUACAUAGUGUUCUUUGAUUGCUUACAGUUGCGGGCCAGUGUUAUGUCGAUGCACCGUCCACGCAUCAGCCGCUGCUGUUUCUCCUUUCUUUCCCCCUUUUCAUGUAUCAAGAAAUCUUUUACUUGUAUGUUUCUCUGCAUUAGAUAGCUGCUUUAAUUUCCCCAUUAGAGAAUGGCGUGCGGAAUGAAACGCCACUUUGUCGCAAGCUUUAACUUGGUAGAUGAAGCUUUUCCUUAUAUGGGACUUGAUGUUAAGUUUGGAGCCUUGAUAGAUUUUUGAAACAUCAGAGUUCUAUAUUAUUGGUUAUAUCCAUAUGAUGCAGAUCUUUC